AUGUCCUUUGAUCCUCAAACCUUCUACCACCAGCGUGCAGAAAUCAUAACUGCCCUGGACACCCUCAGAACAAUCAUGAUCCGUUUCCUAAAGCUGGUGGGCACACAAGAAGUAACCCCACAAGAUCCCUUCGAUGACCCAAACCUCGGCAAGUUGAUUGACAACAUUCAAUCUCAAAUCAUCAACCUAGUGCCUCCGCCAAAAGACCCAACCGCAAAAGAUUCGAACGAUGCGCCUACAAAAGAGCCAUAUCAACACAUCUCUGGUUUCCUGAAAUGA